AUUAGAAUAACGCCAGAGAUUAGACGUGAUCGUGAACGCGGAUGCAUUUGAAAAGUUCGAUUGCUCGAUUACUCUCACUCUCUACAAUUAACACUCCGAAUAAAUGUGUCGGUGAUCUAGGCAAAGAAAAGUGAAUAGUGAAUAUUUUCAGCAACCUUUAGACAAAAAGAAGAAAAAAGAUUUUUUCUUAUCUAAUAAAAAAAAAGUGCGAAUUGAAAAAAUAUGAUUAAAAGUGAAGACAUGUUGGAUACGGGACCUUGCGGCUCCCUAAGCACCUCGUCGCAUCAUCACCAUGGCGGUCUGCAUCAGUUGACCAGUCACCACACCUCUUUGUAUCGCAAUCUACCUGCCAAUAUCUUAGCCUCCUCCAACUUUCAGCCCAUCAUGUAUGGUAACGAUCAUACGGUGAUGCGCAUGCAUCAAGAUUCACCAGAAAUGCCUGAUGAGAAACCUCCGUUAUCGUAUAAUGAUCGCAAGUACUAUGCCACCAUGAUGACUCAGUCGGAUUCCAUGAAUUAUGGUUUAACGUCAUUGCACAGCAUGGCCACUCCACCAGCUUCCACCAGUCCCAUAUCAUACGGUGUGCUUUUGCCCAAUCCUCAAGGGGUAGUUGGGGGCCAUGAUGUUGGAGCUGUGGCCACGGGACCCCAUUCGGGGAAUUCAUCGCCUUCAAAUCGCACUCCGUCGGAUAGCGAUAUGCAGCAUUAUCAUUCGACAUCAUCAGCGAAUAAAAUUGUUAAUCUAUUGCCCGCUUCCUUGAAUCACCAUUAUGCUUCGACCAUCAAAUAUUGUUCGAGUAAACCUUCCACUACGGAUUAUCUGCACAAUGAAAACCAUCAAUUGCAGGAACAUCAUCACAUACACCAGCAACAACAGCAGCAGCAGCAGCAGCAACAACAACAACAACAACAUCAUUCCCACAAUAACUCGGAACACUUGGAUUCGGGAAAUUCUUCAGAACUUCUACAUCACUCGUUGCAACAGCAACAACGCAUUCAGCACACUUCAAGUUCGGGUGGUGUCAUAACCACAACCAACACUUCCAGUAAUUCAAGUCAUUUGCUAACAUCUGCAUCCAAUACCACCUACUCGACAAGCUCUUCGCCUGCAAAAUCUGUGCAUUCGAAUCAAAGCGAUCAAGCCAACACUCCGAAGCAACAACAACAGCAAUCCUCCACUACUUCCUCAGCUCAGGAUUUAUCCCCGCCGGACACCACUAAGAAAUCGGGUAUAAGACGUCCCGAGAAACCCGCCCUUAGCUAUAUCAAUAUGAUUGCAAUGGCCAUUAAGGAGUCACCCACUGGAAAGUUGACUUUAAGUGAGAUCUACAGUUUUCUACAGAAGAGAUUUGAAUUCUUUCGUGGACCCUAUAUAGGUUGGAAAAAUUCCGUUCGCCAUAAUCUUAGUUUGAAUGAAUGCUUUAAAAAGUUACCCAAAGGCAUGGGGGUGGGCAAACCUGGCAAGGGUAACUAUUGGACCAUAGAACAAAAUUCCGCCUAUAUGUUUGAAGAUGAAGGCAGCUUGAGACGGAGACCUAGGGGGUAUCGUUCAAAACUGAAGGUCAAACCUUAUUCAGGGGCCAAUGGUUUUUAUGCAACGGGUUCCUAUGAUGCCGGAAUGGACAAUCCCAAUUUCUAUGCUCCUCCAGCCUUCUCCUCCUUUGAAUCCUAUGCUGGAACAUCGGCUUCAGGCAAUUUCUCCGAUGCCUGGGGUGGUCCUCACAAUGGCCAUGGUCAAACAACAUUGCCACAGUACUCGAAUAUUGCCUCCUCUGCUGUUGCCAUGCACCAUAAUAACAGUCCAACACCACCAAUGGCCCAUACCUCUGCACCCAACAGUUCUCCGCCUGCUCCCGCCAAUUCAGCUGCGGCGGCAGCAGCAGCCUUACAGGCAAACUCCGGCAUGGACUAUGCCACAGCAUCACUGGUGGCAGUCAGUAAUGGUUAUUCACCAUAUGGUACAACUGCCACAAGUGGCGCCUCCACGUACAGCAUAGACAAUGGUUUACGUUCAAUGUCUUUAACGCAAAUGUCCUCGUUGUCAUCACUUUCCUCACAUCACCAUCACAAUGGCUCCAUACAUCACACGGCUGCUUCGAUGACGCCACCUCCCUCAGCCUCAUCGUCGUCAGCAUCGCUGAUACAUGCAUUACCACCGCCACCAAUCAUAACAUCAGCGGCCACAACGGUGCUGCCACCCACAUCGUCUGACGGUGAUAUGAUUGAUCGCAAACCGAUAUUUUUGCCCUCAAUGACACCACCCUCCGGUGCUAUAGAUACACCGCCACUACAUCACCAUCAUAAUCAGCAUCAACACCAUCAGCAGCACCAACAACAGCUCAGUGUUGGUGGAGGAGGUGUUUCAGGUGGUGGCGAUAGUGGCAGCAGUACGGUUGGAGAUUCCUCUUCUUAUUAUGAACAUAUAAAAUAUUCGAAUUAACAAAGCGUAUAUACACACACACACACACAUUAUCACAACUUGUCUCUUACAACACCAUAAGACCACUUAUAAUGUUAAAGGGCGUAAGUUAAGUUUUUUGGUAACUUUAUAAGCUUUUUAGGAUGGUUCAUAUACUGCUUCCGCAACUUUUAUAGACCACCUUUAAAAUUGAA